UUUGAAUUUUUAGUACUCCACGCGCGGUGCUGCCUCUGGCGGCUGAGAUGAGGUACCAAGGAUUGUAGUGCUGUCUCGCUCUUUUUCUCUUUCCGGGUGUCAAACGCAGAAAGACCAAAAUGAGGAAGAUUAUGAAAUCUGGGAAGGUGGUGCUGGUCCUCAGUGGACGGUACGCCGGCAGGAAAGCCAUCAUUGUGCGGACCUUUGAUGAUGGCACGUCAGACAAGCAGUUUGGCCACGCUCUCGUGGCAGGAAUCGAUCGAUACCCUCGUAAAGUGACCGGCAGCAUGGGCAAGGCGAAGCUAAAGAAGAAGUCCAAGAUCAAGCCUUUCCUCAAGCUCCUGAACUACAACCAUUUGAUGCCCACACGUUACAGCGUCGACAUCCCGUUCGAAAAGGUGAGCGUGAGAGAUCUUAAGGAUCCAGUGAAGAGGAAAACUCACCGCUUCCAGACGCGCGUCAAGUUCGAAGAAAGAUACAAGGCAGGAAAGAACAAGUGGUUCUUCCAGAAGCUCAGAUUCUAGGUAUGUUCCGGGAACUGACGAUUUGUGAGGAAUUGGUUUAUAAUAAAAGUGGGCUUAUUAUAGACUGAAAA